UGGGGUGAAAACUUUGUUUUGACAUUCGCCCUUAGACGUACUUUUUGAGAUAGGAAUGAAAGUUGGUCAUUGAUAUUGGAGAAAAAACCUUUACAGCAUAAGAAAAUUAGAAGAUUUUGCUUAGUUUUGUAAGAUUGCUUUCGGUACAAUAGAAUCUUUACAUUAAGGGAAGAAAGUUGCAGCAAUAACAUCUGUCGAAAUUAGUGUAAUUUGGAAAAACUUGUUUGUUGCCUUGAUGUAGGCUAAAGAUGGCCUCUGUGAAAAUUUUCUUGUGAAGUGGUGUCUCUGCUGAUUCGAAAGCGUUUAGGGAGGUGUCAGAAAAAUGGCAACAAAACCACCACAGGAUACGAAUGGGCUGGGUUAUUCGUACGUAAAUCCGGGUGGGAUGUUCCUCCGGUUGAAAAAUAGCCUAUCCCAGUUUAGCGAUUUGUUUAGCGAGUUCAACAAAUACAUUGCCCCUGCCUAUCAUCACGAUCGCUGUGAACGAUCCGUCCAUAUGCGACUUUAUUCGAUGAACAAACGGGAAUUUGUAAUGGUAUUUUUGGCGUUCUUUGCCUGUUUUGGACUCGGAAUAUUCAUCGGAUUGGCGGGCCCUCCGAUUACAACAACAACAAUGGUCACGGGAAGUUCGCUGAUGCCCAACACGACCAGCCCUAGUCCGGAUUAUCUGGCCAAUGGACCGUUUGUGAUGCGAACGCCGCUGAUGACGACCUACUCACAGCAGCUGUGGCUUAUCGUCCGCCUGGAUACAGACAACACGGAUGACGAAAUCUUUGACAAAAGUUUUCACGUGAGUGUAGCCAUCGAUGGACUGACGGUGGAUCACAAGCCGACUACGGUUCUAGCUUUGGAUCGGGCCAAGAAUCGAACCCGGCAUCUGACGUGUUCCCGCGAGGCCUGCAACGAAUUCAUCGUCCUGCAUCUGGGCUUUCUAGACUACGCACACUACAUCAUCACGGUUCGAUUCUACGGGCUGGACAGUUUUCAUCAUCGAUACAACAUCAACAGCGUUCAGUUCUACUUCAAAACAUACAAUCCGGCCUUCACGCAGAUCGAAAUCUGGUUCCGGUUCAUCUUUCUGCUGUUCACCUUCAUCGUGACGUGCUGGUUUGCGCACACCCUGCGGAAAUACCCCAUCUACGAUUGGUCCAUCGAACAGAAGUGGAUGUCGGUGCUGCUUCCGCUGCUGCUGCUUUACAACAAUCCAAUCUUCCCCCUGAUUUUCCUGAUGAACAGCUGGCUUCCGGGAAUGGUUGACGCCGUUCUGCAAGCCACCUUUCUCUGUUCGCUGUUGCUGUUCUGGCUGUGCAUCUACCACGGAUUGCGCCAAAACGAACGGAAGCUGCUAACGUUCUACGUACCCAAGCUGAUAGUGGUGCUACCGAUCUGGCUGUGCGCCAUCGUCCUCGCGACCUGGGAGCGUUGCAACGAGAUGAAAGAUCCAACCUACAGCCAUUUUGUCGACACAGGGAACUACAAUGGUUUCAAAAUGUUCUUUUACAUUGCUGGAGCCAUGUAUUUGCUGUAUCUGGUGCUGCUGAUUUUGCGUGCGUACAGCGAACUUCGCUCGAUGCCUUACUUUGAUAUGCGUCUAAAAUUCCUCACCCUGCUGAUGCUGUUCGUCCUGUCGAUCACCCUGGUCGUCACGCUCUGUCGGUUCGGUUUUGGCAUCCUGGAGGACAACUUUGUCGCACGCCUGAAUACAACCUACAAAAGCUCUGCCCAGUUCAUGUGCUUCUACGGCUUGCUGAACUUUUACCUCUACACCAUGGCCUAUGUCUACUCGCCCAACGGAAGGCCACUGCACGAAGCCACGAUCACGAAAGAUAAUCCAGCCUUUUCGAUGAUCAAUGACUCCGACGAAGAGGUGGUCUAUGGUUCGGAUGAAGACAGUCGGCGACCUUUGAACUCAUCCGGUGGCAAGGGAAAUGAUUAUGACAGUGACUAGAUCGGUGAACCAUUUCCGAAGGGCUUCCACCGCUACAAUGCUGGGCAAGAUACGCAUCACACGAAUUUGUGUCACAGUACAGACUUAAGGAAGAAAGAAUGUAGAAAAAAAAAACAGUCUUUUGCAUCCAGGGGCGACUGAAAGUAAAUGGUCUUUGUAAAGUGGUUAAGCAAAGCUGGGAAAACGCAUAUCUUUCAAUUAUGUGUGCUAAAAAGAUUCCAUUUAACUUGGGUAAAAGAAUGUGUGUUGGGUGUCAAAUUUCUUUUCAUCAUAAAGUUUUCGUUGUAGUGUAACUUCUAUCUUUUAACCAGGAAAAAAUUAGAUAAAACAAAUAAAUCAUAGAUCAAUUAUUCCAAAAAAGGUACGUUUAGUAUGAAUACAUUCCGGAUUUGUUGAAUCCUACAACAGGUGUAACUUUUUCGGUUUCGAACAGUUUUAAGUACACGUUUGAUGCGAGGUGUAGAGAACUCAUACCCCCUACCUACAUAUACGCUUGAUUGUCCAAUCAAUCCUAUAUCGAUAAAUUAAAGGACGAACAAUAAAAAUGGAAGAAUGAUGAUAACCCUUAACAUAAACAAAAAAUCUCUUCUAAAUCAAUACUUUCGAAUUCGAACAAUACAUCUUUGCUGGUGAGCGUAAGAACUACACUUGUUGGAAUAUAUUUAAAAAAAAACCUGUGAACAGAUGGAUCCGUGAAUUUACUGACCGUGUGACAAAUAUAUUGUAGCUGGAAGAAAAAUGACAAAUAAAGUAUUUUUACC